UACGAAGAGAGGCAACAACUAACCCUUUUCUCUCUCUUUAAGGUCUGAAACAAAAAAACUAAAUCAAUUUCUUCGAUGCUUUAAGGAUGGACGCCGACGAGAGAUUAACGGCUUUGAAGAAGGCGUAUGCGGAUAUUAUACUGAAUACGGCGAAAGAAGCAGCGGCGAGGAUUAUGGUGUCGGAACGGAAAGCUCUUCGGUUCGAGUACGAGCUGAAAAACGCUAAAGAAGACGCGCUUCAGAUGCUUCUGAGACUCAAACAGAUGAUGGAUUCCAAGGCUAAUGAAGCUGCAGUGGCAUCAUGCACCCAACAAAAGAAAAUUGAAGAACUGGAAGCACAACUUCAGGAAGCUGAAGACAUUGUGAAAGACCUGAGGGAAGAGUUGAGAGCAGUUGAAGCAGAACUUGAGAGGUUCCCAAGAAGCAAACAAGUAAAGCAUCCUGUACAAGUAGACAAUGCAUCAAUUCCUGAACCUCCUGCUACCGAAGUACAACCCAAUUCAAAAAGCCAGAGACUUUAUAAUUCUUUAUUUCCUUUAAAGAAAUCUUUAAUCAGCAACAGGGAUUUACCUUCUAUUAUCUUGAGAAGCAAAGAAACCGAAUUGUAUAGAAAUGGGUGUACUCAAAGAAUCCGAGCAUGCGAACGGACCCCACCAGAAAUAGAUGACACAAAACCCGAGUCAAUUGUCAAAGAGGACGAAGUAGUUGAUAAAUUACAUAUAACACCCUCUGUGGAGGAGAAAGAAGUAGUAAAGGAGAUGGAUCUAACGGCUGAGAAAGAUGGAAUAAUGCAACAGAAGAGCACAGAAAUGGAGGAGGUUGAGCCACCAUUAAAGAGUUCAGAAACAAAGGUUCCAAGUCAACCGUUGAGUGAUAGAGUUAUCAAGUACACGUUUCAGAGGAAGAGGAAAAGAGGGGCUUUGAUUAAUGGAAAUGGUUCUAGUGAAAGGAGUGAGGAGGGGUCUGGAAAGGCAAACUUGAAAGGGGAAUCAAUAUGCCUACAACAUCAGCAAGUUGCUCUAACUCAGGUUGGUGAUCUGUCUACAUAG